ACGCACAUCUGGAGCGCUAAACUCCGCCCCUCACGCUUUCCCAGUCCCCGGGAGAUGACGCAAGCCCGGUAGAGGCGGCUACGAGGCCGCCGAGGGGCGGGGCGGGACAGCGCGGCGCGGCCUUCUCCGAAGCGGCGGUUUACUGGCGGAGUCAUAGAUGCCAAGAAGUAUGGCGCCCCUCAAGAAGCCUCGAAAUACCACAAAGUUGCCCCUGGCUUUAAACCCCUUGAAGAGCAAGAACGUGUUGGCAGUGCUGGCUGAGAGGAACCAGGCUAUAGUACCCGUCGGGGCCUGGGUGGAGCCUGCCCCGCCAGAUAGUUCAGAAGUCCCGGCAGCUACUUCAGCAUAUAUAAUUGAAGAAGAACUGAAGGAGCAGCUAAGAAAGAAGCAAGAAGCUCUGAAGCGUUUUCAGAGACAAGUCAGAAGCCGAGUAAAUCAGCAAAUUAGGCUGAGAAAAAAGCAACAACUUCAGCUGUCUUAUGAAGCUGCAGAGAAAGAAGGCUCUAUAGCCAUGUACUCUUCAGAUCCAGCACACUUAACUCCUAAAAGAACCAGCGUUUUUCCAAGCAAUUUGAAUGCUGCUAUUGGAAGGGCCAGAUUGCCUCCUCCCCAGAUGCUUGAGGGUGGAAUAGAAGACCGAGAGAAUCAGAGUGAACUGUUCCAACAACAAGCCCAGGCUCUUAGUCAAAGCAUGAAACAAGCACGUCACCGGCUGGCAUCAUUUAAAACUGUGAAUCAGAAAGAUGCACCGGAGUUUCCAGAUGAUAGAAAGAAAAGCUUUCCCACCCAGGAGAAAGCAGUUUGUAGGAAGCCAUCAUUUACCAGAAUAAAUAUAGGCGUAAGAGGAGAACUGCCCUUGGAGGUCCAUCAAGGUCUUUUAACUCCUGCAGAUUACCAGAAAUUUAUGGAUGAUCAGGAACCUGAGGAAUCUUCAUCUGUUACGAUAGAUAAGAAAGGGAAAAAGCAUUUGUCUUGGGGGGACCAGGAGGCUCUCUUUCCUGAAGACAAAUAUAUACCUUUCACCAGAGUUCAGAAAGUACAGUUCAAAACCCCACUAUUUGAUGUGAUAGAAGAGGAAGAAGUAAAGCAGUUACAUCAGGACGUUUUGCCAGAAGCCCAGGAUUAUCUUCCAGAAGCUCAGGGGGAUUUGACAAGUGUCCUCGAUGUUGAGUGGGAAGCCCAGCGCUGUGAGCUGAGACGCAGUACCCAGCAUAUUGACCUGGAAGGCCACACUGUUGAGCCCAAAGCCCAGGCCAUUAAGACAAAAACUAAGAGUGGUAUGCUGAAAGACCAGACUGUUGGACUAGAAGAUGGGGAUAUUGCCUUGGAAGUGCAAGAUUUUCCACUCCAAAAUCAGACUUUUCUACCCACAGAUCAGCACAUUCUCCCCAAAGACCAGAAUAUUCAACCCAAAUGUCAGGACCAGGAUUUUCUACCCAGCAAUCAGAAGGUAUGCUUCAAGGAGACAUAUUGUGAUAUGAAUGAGAAAGGGAGAAAAGACUUUUCUCUGGCAAGUUAUCAAUAUCUGCCUUCUAAACUUCAGUACCAGGCCUCUAUCAGAGAUCAGAGCAAGUGUAUUAUGCAACCCUCGUGUUUCAAGAAAUCAGAGCUUGGAAGAGGAAUUGCUUCUGGAGUGUGGUUGCACAGGAACUAUGGGCAGGCCUCACAUAAUGUGACAGAUGAGAGAUGGAGAGAGGAGCUAUUUCUGGAGCACUGUGAAUGUGUCAUUCAUGAAAUUCAGGAUCCAGUUUCUGCCAGAGAGAAGAGCUUAUGCUCCAUACAGCAACCAUGUGUUGGAACAGCUGAAAGAUGGCAGGAAGAGUUGCUUCUGGAUGGGCAUCACCAUCUUGCGCCCAAGCAGCAGAGAGAGGCUUCCAGCAGAAAACAGGUUGGUGAUGAGUAUCAAUCAAGAUUGAACACUGAAUUUCAAACUCCCCUGGCACUUCAGUCUGGAGUAAGUCAAGAGGAAGACAAGAAAGAGCGUCAAAAGCAGUAUCUGAGGUAUAGACGACUUUUCAUGGAUAUUGAAAGAGAACAAGUGAAAGAACAACAAAGGCAAAAAGAACAUAAGAAGAAAAUUGAAAAAAUUAAGAAAAAGAAAGAGCAGCAACGUUAUGCUGAAGAACAGAGGAUAUUAAGAAUGAAAUCCCAUGAAGAGCCAUGUUCAGGGGAGAAGAUGAGUGAGAUAUUAGCCCAACUACAACUUGAGGAAAUAAAAGGAGCCAGAGAAAAACAACAGCAGAAAGAAAAAGAAUACCAAAGAUAUGUAGAAGCUUUAAGAGCCCAGAUCCAGGAGAAAAUGCAACUAUAUAAUAUUACUUUACCUCCACUCUGCUGCUGUGGUCCUGAUUUUUGGGAUGCUCAUCCAGAUACCUGUGCCAACAAUUGUAUUUUCUAUAAAAACCACAAAGCGUAUACCCGGGCACUCCAUUCAGUCAUCAACUCCUGUGACAUCCCUGAGGGGAACUCAGAUCUUCGAGUUGCCAUUCAUAAUUUUGCUUCUGCACAUAGACGGACUUUGAAAAACCUGUAAUAAGAAUCUGAAAUCAACCAUUAGUAUUUCAACCUACUUAAAAUCUACCCCAAGAGAUUAUUUUAGGAAAAACUGUCAAAGUGUAUAAGAUGUGUAACUUGGAAAGAAAGACUGUCCCACACAAUUGGUAUCUUUUUAAUUAAAUCAUGACCAUUAUUUCACUCUGUGCUUGGGACCAAGAUGGAAAACUGGCUUCUAGACUUGUGUCAUUACCGUAAACCAUCUGGUACGUAUUGUUUUAAAAAUGAUCACUCAGGCUGGUGAGUUUUCUCUCACUUUGCUCUGCUCUGCUCAGAAGAUAUUAUUAGAAAUCUUUGAGAUUAUCUGAUUUAUUAUCUUUAUAUAACUGUACCACUUGAAUCUUGACAAAAUUGAAAAUGUUUGGAUGAAGAAGAGAAGAUGCAGAAAUGAAUUUCUGAACACCAGUGGCCAUCUAUAUUGCUGUUAUCUUUUCUAGUUGUGUACAGCAGUUAGAGAUGAGAACAAUCUGAAUUUGAUGUACGUUUUUUCCUCAAAAUUUUUUCUCUCGUGUUUUUAAGUUUAUUACCUCUUUCCCCAUUCAGUGACGAUGAACAGAGGACUUUUUAAUUUUAUAAUUUUUAUAGCAAAAAAGGCAAAUAAACCCUCUGCCUUUUGAGCAUCUUUUAUGUGAAAUAAUUGUGAGUGACAUUUCAAAAAGUGAAUCUGAAGUCAAAGAGAGUAAAGUCCUAUGUUUUCCUAUCUAUAAAAAAUCUGGUGAAUGCCAUACCUACAGAGCAGGUGAAAUAAAAAUUGCUAUAGUUAGUA